GUAUGGGGUUUGUUGGGCAAAAAUAAACAAUUUGUAUUGGUGUCAACCAAGAGCAAAUGGAUCAAUAGAUUAAUGAGAAAAGAAAAAGGAAAAAAGAAAAAGAAUUGAAAUCAUAAUGUUUUCGAAUUUUCUCGAAAGCUUAUACGAGGGAAUCGGAGACGAUGACGCCGCCGACGACGACGACGAGGACAACACGAGCACCCCGAUUUCUUCACCGAAAAGACACGAUUCCGGUAGAAACGCCGUUCGUUUGUCACCGGAAGAAGAAGAGGCUCAGGCGCGCGGGGUUAAAGAUGAUUUGACGGAGCUUGGUCAUACCCUCACGCGUCAAUUUCGCGGUGUUGCUAACUUUCUCGCUCCGUUACCAGAUGGAUCUUCUUCUUCUUCUACCGAUCUAUUGAAUCAUCCCAGAUUGAAUCAAUCGCGGUUUUCAGAUCCUGAAUUGAGCCACUCGCGGUCUUCGGAUCUUAAACUGGAUCAAUCGCGGUUUUCAGAUCAGGACGAGUUGUGUGUUGGAAGUGAUACGCCUGAGACUGGAAUUAGGGUUAGGAGCUGGGAUUUGGAAGAAAAAGGGGUCGAACCUGUGUAUAACGAUCCUGAAGAGGCAGAAGAAGAAGAAGAAGAAGAAGAAGAAGAGGAUGAGGAAACUGAUGAAGAAGAGGAAGAAGAAGAAGAAGAAGAGAUCGCUGCGGUUGCUCUGACCGACGAAGUGUUGGCAUUUGCGAGGAACAUAGCAAUGCAUCCAGAAACUUGGUUGGAUUUUCCUCUUGAUCCCGACGAAGAUCUUGACGAUUUGGAAAUGACUGAUGCUCAAAGAGGUCAUGCUUUAGCUAUUGAGCGUCUUGCUCCGAGGUUAGCUGCAUUGAGAAUUGAGCUUUGUCCAUGCCAUAUGACUGAUGGUUACUUCUGGAAAGUCUAUUUUGUUCUUCUUCUUUCGAGGCUCAAUAAACACGAUGCUCAUCUUUUGUCUUCCCCACAGGUGAUGGAUGCAAGAGCAUUGUGGAUGAAAGAGCUUCAGAAUCAAAACCAUUCUUCAAAAGAAAGUAGAGAGAAGAUUCUUGAAGAAGACAUUUCACCAUCAACGUCAAAUUAUUACAACCAUGCUCCUCCUGAGUUUCUGUCUCCAAGAAUAUAUGCUUUUGAACCUCCUUCGAUAAUGUAUCGCGAUUACGAACACGGGUCAGAAAACGCACAGUUCAUCGAUAAAGCUGUUAUCGAAGAAAUACCAAUCCAGAAGAAUGGCAAAAAUAGUGCAAGCCUUAGCCAAACACCUAAAGAUGUUGAUGAUGAUGAUGAUGAUUGGCCAGAAGAAGAAGAUUCUGCAAAUUCUUGGGCUCCAAUGUUCACAGUAAAUGAGGAUGAUGUUUCUUUCAGUGAUCUAGAAGGAGACGACGAUAUAAGUAGCUUAGCACUCAAGUCUAAGAUUACAUCAAAGAGCACAGAGCAAAAGGAAACAUGAACCAUCCUCUGGCUUGUUGCUUUGCCCUGCCUACCUCACGAAAUGGAAGCAAAUAGAAUUGAACAUAAAGAUGCGUGCUGAGUCAAAUCGUGGAAGUCAUUUGGGUGAGUUUGAUUGUUUGUGGUUUGAUGAUGUUUGCUCUCAAAGAGAAGAAAGAAAGAAAGAAAAAAAGGUUUUGAUUGAAACAUGUACAGAAGAUUUACUUUCAUCACUUCAAUUUCAUUAUAUUGUUCUAUCUAUAUCUCCCUGCCGAUGUAAUGAAGAUAUUGAAAGGCAUUAAGUGAUUAAACUUAGAUGAAAUGUGUUUGGUA